AUGUUGAAUAACAACGUUGAUGAUGAUGAUGAUGAUGAUGAUGAUGAUGAUGAUGAUGAUGAUGAUGAUGAUGAUGAUGAUGAUGAUGAUGAUGAUGAUGAUGAUGAUGAUGAUGAUGAUGAUGAUGAUGAUGAUGAUGAUGAUGAUGAGGACGAUGUUGAUGACAGUAAUGUUGAUGAGUGUGACAGUGAAGUGUGGUUGGAAUAUGCUUUUAUUCAACAACAACAACAAAAAAAGAGAAGGUUUUGUCUAUGA